AUGGCGACGGCAGAGAAAGACGGGAAAAUUUAUUGUCGAUUCAGCCGCCCCAAGUCACUGGCCAGUAUGAAGGUGGAGGAAGAAGAUGACCCGUCUGGGCCCACGGAGAUAACAAUCGACCUCAGUUCAGGCAAGGUUAUCUUUAUAGCCGUCGGCAAAACAUAUAAUGGUGGAAAUGACCUUGCUGAACAUGUGGAAGCCCCGGUACUGUCGUCAGGAAAGGUGGACUUCAGUCAGUUCAAGGUGGCACGUGGGACCACCAUGACGCUGCUGACUCAGCUUCACGGGGUCGCUAUGGUACUGGCCUGGAUGUUGUUUGUUAGCUUCGCCACCGUUGAAGGUCGAUACUUUCGGGAAGGUUUUGGUUCCAAAAUGGUGUGUGGUUUAAAGCUGUGGUUUCAGAUGCACCGUGUAGUAACUAUGAUUGCCGGAAUUCUUACUGCUGCGGGUUUUAUACUGAUUUUCGUCAAGGUCAAAGGUUUGUCCAAGAACGCGCAGGCUCAUACCUACAUUGGAAUAAUUGUAAUGGCUGCCACAUGUGGACAAAUCUUUCUCGGCUUGAUUCGUCCAGACGCAACAGCUGGUUGGAGGCCUAAAUUCAACUGGGCUCAUCGACUACUGGGCAAAGCCACUCAUAUCUUAGCAGCUGCUGACUUGAUUUUGGCGUUCAGACUUCCGAUGGUCUCACCUGAAAUGCGUCACUUCGGCACCACAGUCGUCGCCGUGUGGAUCAGUGUGCAGGUUGUAUGGGAAGUGACGUUUGAGGUGAACAAAUACCUGCAGUCAAAAUCACCCAAAGUGGACUCCAUCCCAGGUAAAGAAGAGACGAAAAUUGAAGAGAAAGUAAUCUGGAAAGAUCCAAAUGGCAGAUUACAGCUUAUCCUUUGUAUCUUAUUUGUUUUGACUAUUGUAAGCUGUUCAGUUGCUACUCUGUGCGCCAUUUUAAUAUUUUAAGGACACAUAUAGUGUUUUAUGACCACGACUUUAAUCUCAAACAUCUAAGUUUGGCUGCUGUUAAAUUUCCAAUACAGUUUGUAGCACUUUCUCAUCAAUCGCGUCUCUUGGAAUGAGAAGAACAGUGGUUAGUUUGGAAAAUCGGAUGCCCAAUCAUUCUAAGAUUUUAGCAUGUAAAAGGGUCACAUUAAUAAGUAGGGCACCGCAGUCGUUCUGUGGCACUUACUCUGUGCAAAAAACAAUACUUUCCUCAACAUGGAUUUUGCUUUCUGGGUAUUGUACAUAUUGUUGGGUUCAAAACUCUUCGGGUUUCAAACCAGCAACCUCAUAGUCUGGCACCUAAUCGCCGGCAAAAACAAGUCAAGUGUCCAGAUAAUUCGGUCAAAAGAAACUUGAACGUAUAUAGCUAAUAGUAGACCUUACGGUUAAUAUGCAU